AGCAGGAAGGGGAAGUGUUAGCGAGCUUAUAAAGUUUGCUGGCUAUAAAGUAUAACAAGUUUCAGCGUCGUUUACUGCUUGAAAUUCUGCUGUCACCAGACAACAACAUUCUUUUCGUUAAAACAAACAUACGAAACAAUACUAUGGGUACGAAAGCCAGUAAGUUACCGAAGGAUUUGCUGUCAGAGUAUCAGGAGCUCACAUUUCUCACCAAACAAGAAAUUCUGCUGGCACAUAAGAGAUAUAAUGAACUGCUGGCUGGCGAAGACAGGCAUCUCCCCAGUCCCCGGGUACCCAUGAGUAAGAUUCUGACUUUGCCUGAGCUUAAGUCCAAUCCCUUCCGAAAAAGAAUAUGCUAUGUUUUCUCAACCUCUGAACUGAGAGAUGGGAGCCUGACCUUUGAAGACUUCCUGGAUCUCCUGAGUGCCUUUAGUGAUUCAGCAACCCUUGAAAUCAAAUCUCACUAUGCUUUUCGAAUUUUUGACUUUGAUGACGAUGGCACCCUUGAUCCUGGAGACCUUGAAAUGCUAGUGAACUGCCUGACCGGGGACACAGAGGACACACGACUCACGCCAGAGGAAAUGAGACAACUCAUAAACAAUAUCCUUGAGGAAUCCGACAUUGAUAAAGAUGGAACAGUAAAUCUCUCUGAGUUUCAGCAUGUUAUCUCCAGGUCACCGGAUUUUGUCAGUUCAUUCAAGAUUGUGCUGUGAAGCUUACAGAUUAUUGAAGACUUUUGGAUGUCAAGACAGUACUGAUUUAAUGAGUUAAUGGCAGUUGUCUCUUAAAACAGUAUUUCUGAUGCUUUUAAAAUUAAGAAAAUUAUUUAAACAUACUCUAACAUAUAUACUUUCUAAUAUGUAUUUUGUGAUAUUUCUAUAUUUAAUAAAAACAUGUUCUUGUCCUAAAUUA